GGCGCGCAAGCCAGUUGGUGGCGAGACUUCGCCCGCGCAGCUUCCACCCUUUGAAAUUCAACUUCAUCGGCACAGUUGAACUCCAAGAUCGGUGUUUUCAUUCCACUCAUUCCCAAAGUUACCUCAACAAUCAAAUUUGAGAAUCAAAUGAGCAAAAAAAUUAAGUAAUCAGUGACUAUAAAUUAUCGUAAUAAGACAUUAAAAAAAUUUCUGCAUUUGUUUUUCUCCUUCGCUUGAUGCCAAUUGAAAAGCAACAAUGCGGGGGCUCGCAGUAUUCAUCAAAAUUGUCUUAAUGACUGCAGUGUGCAAUGCAAUCCAGAGUUUUGACGAAACACCACAAUACACAGAGGUAAAUCCCGGACAAGAUGCUAAACUCAUCUGUCGAGUUAUUGGGAAACGUGGCACAUGCAUAUGGCAGAAGGAUCAAAAGCCGAUUGGAAUGCACCUCCAGAAAUACGAAUGGGUGGGUUCUCCGGACGUUGGUGACUGUUCCCUCUGGGUGAGAGCGGCGACCCUUGAAUUUGACGAUGGUCUUUGGCAGUGUCAAGUAACACCGAGUGAUUUCACAUCGCAGGAUGCAUUAACCUCAGAACCAGCGAGACUCGUUGUACGAGUGAGCCCUCAUCGUCCGCAGAUAGAGUACGCCGGUGCAGUAAUUCUACCCGGUGGAAAUGUCACAGCCCGAGCAGGUGAGACUGCAACGCUCACUUGUACGGCCCGAUAUGGCAAUCCUCCGCCUCUGAUUAAAUGGUAUUUGAGUCAUACGGAGCUGAGACCGCAGGGAUCCCAGAUGAAUACAACGGAGACUGAUAAUCCACGUACGUGGUCGACAAAGAGUAUCUGCAAUAUUGCGGCUGAUAGAUCCAGAUAUGGGCAGAUGGUGCGUUGCGAAGCCAUUCAUCCGGCCUACCCCAUGAUGUCUUCGAACACCGACGUUCGAUUUGAUGUUAAAUAUGCACCAGAGACACGAUUGGUCGGAGUUCCACCUGGACAAUUGGAAGAGGGUCGUGAUAAACUGGAAAUUCGAUGUAUAGCUAAUGCCAAUCCAACCGCUUCUAUUGUCUGGAAACGUGCUCAAGGAGCCGACAUGGAGGCCGUAAGCAACGGGGAAACACUGAUGUAUUCUCCGAUUCAUAGAAAUCAAGCCGCGACCUAUGUCUGUGAGGCGUCAAAUAGUGAGGGUGAAAGCAGUCCGCUAUCCAUCCAAAUAUCAGUCAAUUAUCCACCGAAGAUUGAUUCAGUCGGUCCAGAUAGAUUGUCAACAGCUCUCCUCUACUCUGGUGCAUCAUUCGAAUGUCACGCGGACGCGAUGCCCCCCGCCGAGUACAGAUGGGAGCAAGUAUUCACUGACGGCCGUCCACCAGCUGAAUGCGGUCGGGGUCCGCGUCUUAUCCUCACAAACGUAACGUACGAGCAACAGGGUCAAUACAUAUGCCUCGCAUCUAACACGAUAAACGGAAAGCUCCGGGAAGUCAAAAGCUCACCAGUAUCUCUGGAAGUCGUUGGUGCCCCGAGGGUGGUGAAGCCGCUGAGCAACGAGAAAUACAUCGUAUCUACGACAGAAGGCAGUGCCGCGCGAUUGGAAAUCAGAUUGUGCUCUAAUCCAAAACCCCGUCUUGUUGCAUGGGAAUGGGGCAGUACGCGGCUUCACGCUGGUGAAGUUCUAGAAUCGCGAUACCGAGCACUGGAUCUACAUCCCUUACCAAUGGAAGACUGCUACUUAGCAAUUCUGGAAUUUACAACAACCAAGAGAGAGGACCAACGGGUAUAUUACGUCAUCGUGGAAAAUGAGCGUGGAAGCGACAGACGAGCUCUGAUGUUGCGCGUAAAUGAGCCGGGUCAGAUUCCCCUAGUCAUCGGCGCCGUAGCUGGUUUCACUGUUCUCGCCGUCUUGGUAAUGGGCUUCGUCUGUUUUAUGCGAUCAGACAGAUGCUGCGUGCCCAGAAACACAGGUCCAGCACUUCAGCAAGUCCAUUGUACAAAAGCAUCUAAUGCUAUGAUAGAGGAUCCAAGACUAACAGUGGACCCAAUGGACCGUACGUCGCAACAGUUCGCCUCGGAGAAGCGCCAGAAUCACGUAUUGAAACCCGUCCCAACUCAACAGUACCAACAAGACUGCUAUCAGCUAAGCAGACACGAACCAUCGCACGAAUCACACUACCAGAGGCAUAUUCAUCACAGUCAGGGUCUUCAUGGACCCCAGUACACUCUCCAGCGUGGAACUGGCCUCAAGACAGAAAGACUCAAUGAAACAAAUUCAAUCCGCAACGUUUCGCGACCUCGUUACAGGACCUAAGACCUUUAAACUGUUCAACAACUUCAGUCGGUGGUACUGAAGCAACAUAGUAUUAUUAAUGGAAUCGCUCAACCGAGCCAGUGACGCUCUUCCAAAUGUGUAACUAAAUCAAAAUGACAUUAUUAUUGUUAAUGAUAAUAUUAUGCAAAAGUGAAAAUGAAGAGAGGAUAAUUUAUUAACGGUGACACGUUCAGACUGCCCAAGCGUCAACUUCCAGAGAGAUUUCAUUCAUUUGUAUUAUAUAAAUGCAUUUCGAUGGUGAACUGCUGACUGUAAAAAUUUUUGUGACAAUGUGUAUUAUUCAAUUCGAGAUCAUUUUUCUACUCGAAUCAUCGAACUUUUAUUCACUGCCGUAUUUUAAGAUUAUUCUGGGGCUUGCCAACAGCCGAAUUAUUGUGUUCAAAUGGGAUCUGUUUGCCACUACAGACUUAUGCGCGGAGGGAAAUUGCGGAAGAUAUCAACUAAUUAUUUUUGGGGGCGAAUUUUUGUUCUGGAUAUUUCUUACUUUUUGCCAGGGGAAAUACUUGAGAUGGGAUGAUGAAUCUUCUCUGCUUAAUCCUGAAAAUUCACUGUCUGAAUUUGUAAUCUGUUCUGUAAUAAAAACUUAUGCGGAAUGCCAUCGAAAAUUUCCGUAGGGGAUGCAUUUACUGCAGUGAAUUCUCAUAUUUAUUAUUUUAAAAGGCACAACUUUCCUCUGUGAAUUGAUAUUCAUUUCUUAACACUCAGAAAUAAAAAUUGAGAAUGAAAAAUCCGUUUCUCUUAUUAUUUACGUUUAGUUUCACAAUUACGAUUAUUUUUCCUCAACAUUUCUAACCGUGUAGAUGAUAAAUCAAUUAGUUGUAUCACAGAUUAUGGAUUAUCGGAGGUUUGGGCCUAAACGUGACUAAAUAUUCUGAUCAAUUAAACCAAUAAAAGCGACAUAUAUUUCUAGUCACAUAUUUACUUUCCUCUUCUCACACAUGGUCAUGAUUAUAUUCAUUUCGAAACCUCCUUCAUCUCAUUUCUAUAACAGGAACAACAAAUUAUUGAGUAAAAAUGGAGAGUAACCGUGUGGGUCACUCCCUGAUGAUUUUUGAAAAUAUUCUAUUAUUUAUUGCUCGUAAAAAAAUUGAUUGUACCUUAUGAUAUUAAAAUUAUCACCAUCCUGAAUGCGCAUUGUAUCCAUUGCUAUUUCCUUAGAUACCCCGCAGCCGCAAUAGUACCACAAAGAAACCCUGUUAAAUAAGGCCUCAGUAGAACCCAUAGUAUA